CUCGGAUGUCUGCAGGGAGCACCCGGUUGAGAAUGUGAGUAUAACGGAUCUCUUUAGCAACAUCAUCAGCUUCAUCUUUUAAACUAGAAUCUUCUGAAACCCUGUUCCUUGGAAACUGAGAACGUAGGUCCAGAGAAAUCACCUGUGGAAUUAUAGAGAGAAAUUGUUUCAGAGCUAUCAAGACUCAGGAUGUACACUCAGAUUUUCCUGUUAUUACUGGCGCUGAGAAACAAAGUAUUGGCCCUUACCUGUCCAAAGGCACUGACUCCUUUGUCUGUUCGACCACACCGGUGAUAGUUGGAUGUCUGUCUGCUUUCUACUAGCCGGGUCUUAGUUAAAGCCUCAAACAGUUUCUCUUCAAUGGUAUUGCUUGUGUUUUCCUGACUGGCAAAUCCCUGGUAUCCCCAGCCUAGAUAGGCUAUUUUUAGAGCUACAUGUCUACGGCCAUGAGCACUGAAAUCAAAAGCACGCUUAGCUUUUCCAGAGCCUAAAGCAUUUUCUCUGAGGCUUGAGUCUUUGGUAUUGUUGGCCUGUUCUUUCUUAAGUCUUUCCACCUCCUGUUCCAGUUCCUUUACUCUACUGAGGAGCUUCUCAAUCUGGUUUCUGUCUGUGUUUUCAGCCAUGACAUCCCCAGGAGGCAAUCCUGCAGGUCCACCCUGUGGAAAGAUAAGUGAGGUGAUAUAUCAAUUUCAGUGCUGGUUCCUUUGAUGUGUCACAUGAUUAAAUAUCUAGACUGAGCAUGGUAGUGCAAAAUUCGAGUCCUAGUACUUGAAAGACGGACAGAAGGAUAAGUUUUAGGAGGCCAGUCAGGACUACAGAACAAGACACUACCUCCAGAAAACAAGAAUAGCUAAGAUUUAAGUUGAUAUUGACGAGUGUAAGGUUUGACUUGCCCAGCAUGCCCACAAUAAUAGUUUAUUAUGGAUUCAUCACUCAGACACUGUUCUUUCAUUUGUCAUCUGGCUACUUCAUAAAAGGAAAAGGGAAAAAAAAUUCACCCUUUUUUAAAUUUAGGGAAAUGUCUCAAUUUUAUUUGUUUGUCACUAGCCAAGAUGAGUGAGGACUCAGGUUGGCCAUUUUCUCCCUGUAACAUUUCCUCUUGAUUUCUUGGUACAUUUGUCCAGUAUUUUUAAUGGUAAGAAUUAUUUAUGUGGGCUACUUAUGACUGUCUCUAUGUUUCUAUUGUUUUAUAAUAUUUGAAGUAAGGGGCCUAUACAUUGUUAUCUAAUGUUCUGUUUUGUUCUAAGGUGGCACAACAGAAGCUAUCUUAAUUGAAGAAAUACUAUCCAUGAUUCUUUUUCCCAUUGGGAGGAGAACCUGGAGACAAAUUUUCCUUACUUUAAGCAGUUUUAAUGGCAGAAAAAAGACAAGCUUAUAGUGUACAAGAAGCAAUGGAGCAACUAAUAGGACCUGGUGGACAAAAGUGGGCCAAUAUGGAUCCAGAAGAACGGAUGUUAGCUGCAGCUACAGCAUUUACACAUAUCUGUGCAGGGCAGGGUGAAGGAGAUUCAAGGAGGGAAGCCCAGGCUGGCCAGUAUGAUCCCUACAGUAAAGCCUCCAUAACACCAGGAAAGAGACCUGCUCUUCCUAUGCACCUGCACUUCCCAUAUACAGGAAGCCGUGUCACUUCAUCAACAGUUUCAGAGACUUCCCAAAAAUGCAGAAAACCAGUGAUGAAGAGGAAGGUGCUGCGCAGAAAGCCAGACGGGGAAGUGCUAGUGACAGAUGAGUCUGUUGUCAGUGAGUCUGAAUCUGGCACGGAAAGUGAUUUGGAUCUCUGGGACCUGAGACACAGGCUGAUGAACCUACAAUUCCAAGACAGCACAGAAUCCCCAGCUGACACCUCACAAAAAUAUAACCUUCCGUGUGAAUACCAAGGAGUUUCACAAGAAGAUCAGCUCAUUUGCUAUCUACGAAGAGAAGAAAUGGGCCCUCCUGUUUAUGAACAAGACUUGAUUGUUGCCAGCAGACCCAAGUCCUUUAUUCUCCCCAGACUGGAUCAGUUAAGCCGAAACCGAGGCAAGAUAGACCGAGUAGCCAGAUAUUUUGAGUACAAAAGGGAUUGGGAUGCGAUGCGGUUUCCUGGUGAGGAUCAUAGAAAGGAGUUACGCUGGAGUGUCCGAGGGCAAAUGCUUUCCCGAACAGAACCUCAGUCCAAGCCACAACAUGUAUAUGUUCCAAACAAUUACCUAGUACCAACUGAGAAGAAAAGAUCUGCCCUCCGUUGGGGUGUCCGUUGCGACCUUGCAAAUGGUGUCAUACCCAAGAAGCUUCCCUUCCCUCUUUCUCCUUCUUAAGUCCUUUUUUAAAAAAAACCUGUUUCUCCUACCAAAGGAUUUAGAAUAACCUAGUUCUUUAUCUCUCCUUUAAAUACAACUGCCUUGAAAAGAGGCAGAACACAGAAUAAAUACUUCACUGGUUCUUCCUAGCAUUGUUGGUAUGUCACACAGAUACCAUGCACCACUUGAAUUUCCAAAUUGCCAUUCUCAAAUACAGCAAUUGGGGGUGGGGGGGAACUACUGAAAUUUGUCAAAAUAAGUGCCAUUUUGAAAAGACUUGUAAACUAGUGAGUUUUUUUUUAAUUUAGUAUUAAGCUCAUCUAUUAAAGAAUUUUGGAAAACGA